AUGAGCAUGAGCAGAGAAGAGAGGACAAAAACUCCGUUCGUUGACUACCUGAAGCCCAUCAUCGCCGAUGGAGACACCGGCUUCGGUGGCACAACCGCCACCGUUAAACUCUGCAAGCUCUUCGUGGAGAGAGGUGCCGCUGGGGUCCACAUCGAGGACCAGUCAUCCGUCACCAAGAAGUGCGGCCACAUGGCGGGAAAAGUCCUCGUGGCAGUCAGCGAACACAUCAACCGCCUUGUCGCGGCUCGCCUUCAGUUUGAUGUGAUGGGCACAGAGACUGUUCUGGUCGCUAGAACGGAUGCAGUCGCGGCUACACUGAUCCAGUCGAACAUUGACGCGAGGGACCACCAGUUCAUCCUCGGUGUCACUAACCCGGGCCUUAAAGGCAAGAGUUUGUCCUCGCUUCUCGCCGAGGGAAUGGUUGUAGGCAAGAACGGUCCCGCGUUGCAAUCCAUUGAAGAUCAGUGGCUUAGCUCGGCACGUCUCAUGACUUUCUCGGAAGCUGUCGUGGAGGCUCUCAAGCGCAUGAACCUCAAUGAGAAUGAGAAGAGCCGGAGAGUGAACGAGUGGCUAAACCAUGCAAGGUAUGAGAACUGCUUGUCAAACGAGCAAGGCCGUGAGUUAGCAGCAAAACUCGGUGUGACGGAUCUUUUCUGGGACUGGGACUUACCAAGAACCAGAGAAGGUUUCUACCGGUUCCAGGGCUCAGUUGCAGCGGCUGUGGUCCGUGGCUGGGCCUUUGCGCAGAUCGCGGACAUCAUUUGGAUGGAAACCGCUAGCCCUGACCUCAGCGAAUGCACAGAAUUCGCAGCAGGAGUCAAGUCCAAGACACCUGAGGUCAUGCUCGCCUACAACCUCUCGCCCUCCUUCAACUGGGAUGCUUCCGGCAUGACGGAUCAGCAGAUGGUGGAAUUCAUUCCACGAAUUGCUAAGCUCGGGUAUUGCUGGCAGUUCAUAACGCUUGCCGGUUUCCAUGCGGAUGCUCUUGUGGUUGAUACAUUUGCAAAGGAUUACGCGAGGAGAGGGAUGUUGGCUUAUGUGGAGAGGAUACAAAGAGAAGAGAGGAGCAAUGGGGUUGACACUUUGGCUCAUCAGAAAUGGUCAGGUGCUAAUUACUAUGAUCGUUAUCUUAAGACAGUCCAAGGUGGAAUCUCCUCCACUGCAGCCAUGGGCAAAGGUGUUACUGAGGAACAGUUCAAGGAGAGUUGGACAAGGCCAGGAGCUGCUGGAAUGGGCGAAGGGACAAGCCUUGUGGUUGCCAAGUCCAGAAUGUAA